AUGGAAUAUAAAAAAACGAAAAGAACUAAUCAGUUUAUAUUUGAAGGAAGUAAACAUGCCACAAAGAGACAAAAAAUAAAUGUGAGUCCUCAAUGUAAAGGAAUACUUUUAUCAACCAUUUCACCUCGUAAAAUGAGUACUGGUAUAAAAGAAUUUAUUAAUUUUUUAAAGUUGCAUUUCCCAGAAGAGAAUGUAGCAAAUGGAGAUGUUAAAAUUAAGGAUGUUGCUACAGAUGAUCAAGAUAAUGAUUCAGAUAGAAAAACAAGUAACGUUGAAAAACAAUUAAAUGAAGAAAUACGUAAAGAAAAUUCAGAUUAUAUUAGAUUUGCUCCUUUGAGAAAUAUUAUAAAAAACUUUACAUUCAUCAAAUUUAAUAAUGCAAUGGAUAAAAAUCCAUCAGAUAUUGUUACACAAAUAUUUUCUAUGGCUAGAAAUAAAAAAGAAAAAUAUAUCUUAAGAAAUAUUUGUAAAAUUAUUCCAUUCGAUUGUAUAUGUAAACCCCAUAUAUCACCUUUUAUUAAAACACUCCUUCCAUUAUUAAAAGAAAAUUUUUCUAAAGGAUUAUGUGUGCAAGAAAACUUUACUAUUACUAAUUUGCUCAAGUUGCUGAACGUGUCAGAAGAAAAAACAAGUGAGCUAGCCAAUAAGCAAGAUGACCCAAAAGAAGAAAAUAAAAAUGGAAAUGAAAAUAAAAAUGAUGAUGAUAAUAAUAAAAAUGAUGAUGAUAAUAAUAAUAAAAAUGAUGAUGAUAAUAAUAAUAAAAAUGAUGAUGAU